GGGAUUGCCAUGGCAACGCGUGCUUUUCCCCACGCCUCGCCCCCUAACUAGCCGAAAUGGGACCGGAGAGCCUCCAGCUGCCCAAGCCACAUAAGGCAAACAUAUGUAUAUGGAAAUAUUUAGAUGUUCAUUCCAUGGACCUCAUCAAUAAUGCUGAAACAACUGAUGAACUGAAAAGGCUCCUCUCUGACCUCUUUGAUCUGAAGGAUUUUGAAUCAAAUCCUCGCUCUGCUAUUUUGUUAGAUUUGUACUUCUACACCAUCCAGUUCAGCCAGGAGCAGGGCUUCAACCGGGAACAAACUGCUACGUUCUUCUCAAUUGUGAAGGAUGUGCACGAGGCCUGUGUGGAAACACCACUGCCCAAUAUGGAGGAAUGCUAUAAAUAUUUCUCUGAACUCAUAUUCUGCCACUCCAUUCGGAGACCCCCCUUCAGCAUCGAUCUCUUCAGCCAGGACCAGCUGGUGCUCCUAACCGACUACAUGAUUAACACUUACUUCCGUCACUACAAACUUUACAAAUAUGCUUUCACCCCACAGGUGCGGCUGGACAUCUCAUUCACUUAUGUUGGGAUGCCUGAACCAGAGCCCAAAGAGGAAGAAUCUAUGGCUGAGAGUACAGAAAAGGGACUGUCUCCUUUGCAAGAGGAAGCAGAGGAAACGGGGGGCCCUGCAGAAAGUCCCACGGCUGCCCUGCGGGACUUCAUCGUCUCACAACUCAACCAGGAGUUAACCCAGCUGCGCCUUUCCAUCGAUCAGCGUCUAAAAGUCACAGAGGACCAGUUUAACGCCAAGCUGAUCCAGCUAGAGAAAGGUUCUGCUGCCAGCAAGGGGGUUGCCAAGGCCAAGAAGAAGUAAGCAAGCAAGCAAGAAGUAAGCAGGCUAGAAAGGUUGGGGUGCAGGAGGCCCAUAUUCUGUCCAAGGGUUGCUUCUUCAUUUCCGAGGCUUCUGCACAAAGAGGUUAUCCAAAGACCAAGAGAACAAUGACAAAUUAAAAUACAAGGAGCAAAUGGAUUUCUGAAAGGCUUUUGAAAAUGUGCUAAGGCUUUACAGAAAAUCCCUUUUGAGAU